AAAACUUUUUUUUACAACCCUGGGCAUGGCUACGAAUACUGUAAAAAUGCGAGCGCUCGCUAAGUUCGGGUGAUGACACUGUCAAUCUUUAAUUGACGGUCCGUCACAGGCGGCAUCAAUAGGAAGCACGUGAUUCACUACAUAAAUAAGGUACGACGCAAGAAAGCCGCCUCAAAUUUAUCACCCGUUCAUCGAUUUGAUUCCACCCAACUUUUCCAUCUUUUACACCUCAACACCCUACUCGCUUUCAUCUCUCAUCAUCCCGCACCUACGCCUCCUUUGCACUGCGCAUUCCUGCCACGAUGUCUUGGAGAAGCCAAGGCAUUACGGGGUCUAACAACAUUCCCCUGGGAAAAAGCCGGCGAUUUGGCGGCGAUUCCGACGACGCGCAUACGCCACGCGACCAUAGCGCUGAUGACCGAGCCAGUUCUAAUGGUGAUCGCGACCUGAAGCGUGGCCGAAGCCCCGAGCCUCGAACCGACUCCGACGGCCCUCGACAACGAAAGAAACGCAACCGAUGGGGCGAUGCUUCCGAGAACAAAGCCGCCGGUCUCAUGGGCCUCCCGACGGCCAUCGUCGCCAACAUGACCAGUGAACAGCUUGAGGCGUAUACUCUGCACCUUCGGAUCGAAGAAAUCAGCCAGAAACUGCGAAUUAAUGAUGUGGUUCCAGCUGAUGGCGACAGGUCCCCCUCGCCUCCACCUCAGUACGACAACCAUGGUCGUCGUGUUAACACUAGAGAAUACCGUUACCGCAAACGUCUCGAAGAUGAGAGACACAAGUUGAUCGAGAAGGCCAUGAAGACUAUUCCUAACUACCACCCGCCCCAGGACUACCGCCGGCCCACCAAGACCCAGGAGAAGGUCUACGUGCCGGUCAAUGACUACCCGGAAAUUAACUUCAGUGAGAUUGCUAACCCUCUAACCUUUCUAACCAUAUCCUCCCCCCUUCUUGUUCGGGAUAUUACCAGGAGUGCCCUCGUAUCUCGACGGAUGAGCAGCCAAACCUUGGCCUCAUCAUCUAACUCACCUACUUGCUCUAGCCAUUCUUUUUACAUAUACUAACACCUAGGUCUUUUUACUAAAGUUGGUCUACUUAUCGGCCCUCGUGGUAACACACUAAAGAAGAUGGAGGCCGAAUCAGGUGCCAAGAUUGCUAUCCGUGGAAAAGGAUCCGUAAAAGAGGGCAAGGGUCGGUCUGAUGCUGCCCACGCUAGC